GCGUACAGAUCACGUCUCUUUGUUCUGUAGCUACAUCUACAGUCCCUCUCGUGACAUUUUGGGUUCAACUCCCUCUUCCUGCGCGUGGGUGCGAGACUAAUCGAGAUUUGAGGAGACCUACGUCUGCCACAAAAUUAAAUAAUCUCUUGCUUUUCAAGGAUAAAUCGGGAUUUUCAAGACUUACGUUUACAUUACAGGUCACCGAUCUUCUAUUCUUCUUCUUCUUCUUCUUCUUCUUCUUCUGUAUUGGAAUUGCAACCCCAGAGCUCUAAAUCUCAUCACAAAGUCACCAUCUCUGUGACUAUUCCCCUGUAAAUCCCCUUUUCUUGUAAGUACUUUCUGCCUUCCUGAUUUCCCUUCCUCGCUUCGUUUUUCUUCAGAUGAUUUGUGGCUGAGUUUUCUUCUGUUAAGGAUCCUGGAUUUUGGAUUUCCCCCCUUCUAUUUAUCAACUGGGUCUUUGUAAAUCGUUUCGUUUUGGCUAUUUAAGGGUGUGAUUGCUGCAAUUUGGGCUUCUAUUGAGACAUGGAUGAUAAAAUACAGUCGAUGAACCAAAGGAGCGAGUAUUGAUUUCCAUGACUAAUGGGUUUAGAUGAAGUUCUAGGUUGAGUUUAUCUACAGUAGUAGCUUACAGGAACGCUCUUAUGAGGAUAAUCAAGAGAGAAAUCAGGUGGUUCUUUAUUUGAUUUUGGAUUUAGAGCUGAUUUGUUCUUCAAACUGAGCCACUUGAAUAACCCCAUUAGAAAUCAACAUAGUUUUUGUUGAUUUGAUUGUUUGAGAAGGCUUGGCGUUUUGUUAGAGAUAGUUAUGCAGAGGGUUCGAUUGUCGUCCCAACAAACACCUGUUCUUAAGCUGGGUGAUUCCCAAAUGACAUUAUCCCCAAAGUUUAGGUUAGCAAACAAGUCUCAUCUGUUGAAUCCCUCAUCAGACUUGGAAUCAUCUCUUUGUGGGGAACCCUUAAUUCCUGGUCUUCCAGAUGAUGUUGCUUUUAAUUGCCUCCUCAGGUUGCCAGUUCAUAGCCACGCUGCGUGUCGGGCGGUUUGCAGGAGAUGGCAUCUUCUUCUGGGCAGUAAAGAGAGGUUCUUCACUAGAAGGAAAGAGUUAGGUUUCAAAGAGCCUUGGCUUUUUGUAUUUGUUUUCCAUAAAUGCACUGGAAAGAUUCAAUGGCAGGUUCUUGAUCUUACUCAUUUCUCUUGGCAUAGUAUCCCACUCAUGCCUUGUAAGGAUAAGGUUUGCCCUCAUGGGUUUAGGUGUGUCUCGAUCCCUCACGAGGGCACUCUUUUUGUUUGUGGUGGCAUGGUAUCCGAUGUCGAUUGCCCCCUCGACUUGGUUUUGAAGUAUGAGAUGCAGAAAAAUCGUUGGACUGUGAUGAAUCAAAUGAUUACAGCGAGGUCGUUUUUCGCCAGUGGAGUUAUUGAUGGUAAGAUUUAUGUGGCUGGAGGAAAUAGCACUGAUCUUUUCGAGCUCGACUCAGCUGAGGUUUUGGAUCCUAUCCAAGGGAGUUGGAACUCCAUCGCAAGCAUGGGAACGAAUAUGGCGUCGUAUGAUGCUGCAGUUCUCAACGGGAAGCUCUUAGUGACAGAAGGCUGGCUGUGGCCUUUUUAUGUCGCUCCAAGAGGACAGGUUUACGAUCCGACUACUAAUAAUUGGGAAACUAUGGCCAUUGGUUUGAGAGAAGGCUGGACUGGUUCAAGUGUAGUGGUUUAUGGCCAUUUGUUUGUUGUUUCAGAGCUUGAAAGAAUGAAGCUUAAGGUUUAUGAUGCAGCUUCUGAUUCCUGGGAUGCUAUUGAAGGGCCUCCUUUACCAGAGCAGAUAUGCAAGCCUUUUGCUGUGAAUGCAUGUGACUCGACCAUAUACGUCGUCGGCAGAAAUCUACAUGUAGCUGUCGGCCAUAUCUCUCGGCUCAGCAGAAAGGGGACGAGCGAAAAAAAGUGGAGCUUUAACGUAAGUUGGCAUGUCGUUGAUGCACCGGAAUGCUUCUCUGAUUUGACACCCUCAAGUUCUCAGGUGUUGUUCGCUUAGGUAUCAUCCUUUCUCGUCUCCCCCCUUAAUGAUAUCUUGUAUGAUUUUGAAUAUGUUACAAUCAAAGAGAAUUAGCUAUAGAUCUGAUUAUAGAUGUGUGGAAACGUGUUUGUUCAAAGUCGUGUGUAUCAGAGUACUGACUUAUAAGUACGUCAAUCUUUCGUCGUUCUUCGUUUACUUUUUCUUCAUGAAUCGGAUGCAUAAUCCACAACUUUAAACUGUUUUAGUUAUAUAUAUGCUUCUUAGUC